CAAAUUCGACUUUGAGACGUCAAAAUGCGAGGCUGCAUCUUGAUCGUGCUGGUGGCCGCUGCCCUCGGCUCGGCCUCCAAGGUGGACUUUGCGAAAUUGCCAGCGCAAUUCAAUCACUUCCUGGAGACGAAAAUCAAAACGCCAGAAUUUGAAGGGGUUCUCGAUCUGAUCAGGCAGAAGAAAAUUAAGCCCUACAGCAGUAAAAGCGAUAUGUACGACAUGAAACUCUUUGAUGGAAUGGACGAUGAUUCAAUUGCAAAGGCUGAUUGUGCAUUAUGUGCAUCGAUUGUUGACACUUAUUUUUCCUGGGUGGACGCCGGGGACAGUCGAGAUGAAAUUAUUAGAAAGUACACAGACUUGUGCAUUGAGCUCAACCUGAGCAGCCCCUAUGUGUGCCGAACCGCUGCUGAGCAGAAAGUGGACGUAGCUGUUUUCAUCUACAAGUCCAAAAAGGACACAUGGAACCCGUUGACGGCCAGCGACGUGUGCAUGUUUGACCACUUUAAGACCUGCUGGGUGGACAACCCGAAAUUCGAUUGGGAGCUCGAUCUCAGUCCUUACGGCGCCAAACCCACCCCCAUAAAGCCACAACUGCCCGCCGCGGGCUCACCGACCCUGAGGGUUCUCCACUUCACAGACCUGCACCUUGACAGCUCUUACAAGCCAGGCAACAACGCCAACUGCGGCGAAGAAUUGUGCUGCAGGACCGAACACGGUCUGGCACCCAACAAAGGGGACGAGGCCGGAUACUGGGGCGACUACAGAGACUGCGACAUGCCCUACCACUCGUUUGAAAAUCUAGUCGAGCAGGCCAGCUCUCACAAUGAUAUCGAUUACGUCUUGUUCACCGGUGAUGUUUACGACCACGGUGACGUGAAUACCACCCAAGCUGCAAAAAAAGCCGCCACCAUAUACGCCUUGACUCUGUUCCGUGAGAAAUUCCCAAACCUCAAAGUUUUCCCUGUUUUAGGAAAUCACGCACCACACCCGAAAAACAUUUUCUCCUUUGACUCGCCUGACAUCCCGACUGAAAUCUCCACCAAUUGGCUUUACUCGUUCGUGAACGACGUCUGGAGCUGGUGGAUUCCAAACGCCAACGAGACUAUCCUCAAGGGUGGAUUCUACUCGUACGAAUUAUAUCCCGGACUCAAAGUGAUCGGACUCAACACUCUUUUCUGCUACAACAACAAUUGGUGGUUGAUGUACGACAACGUGGAUCCGAGCGGGCAGCUGGCGUGGCUGGCGCAGGAGCUGAGCGCGUCCGAGCAGAAGGGUCAGAAGGUGCACAUCUUGACGCACGUCGCCGGCUCCACCAAGUGCAUGCCCUUCUGGCAAAAGCAAUUCCUGCGUUUGCUCGACAGGUUCGAGAACACGGUGAGCGCCAUGUUCUACGGACACACGCAUCAGGAGCAGUUCGCCGUCUACUACGACCCCAACGACAGCGAGAGACCAACGCAGGUCAGCUUUGUUGGCGGCAGCGUCACCCCCUACAGCAACGUCAACCCCAACUACAGAAUUUACGAAGUUGACGGCGACUACCAAGGCUCCACUUACAGAGUUUUGGACUAUGAAACUUGGUCGUACAACUUGACCGAAGCCAAUCUCGGUGGGCCAAGCGUACUGCCCAACUGGAGGAAACUGUACAACUUCAAGGACACCUUCAGGGUGUAUUCGCUCUUUCCAGAAGAUAUGGACGCUUUUGUAAAGAGAAUGAUAAUCGACGACGACCUCACCAAACUCUACUAUAGAUACUACUGGACGGACAGUGACUUUGUUGUAGUUGAUCCUUGUGGAAGCAACUGCAGGCCGGAACUUAUUUGCGAAACGGUCAUGACUGUUCAGCAAGACACAAGUAAGUGCGACGAAUUGGGAAUUCCCAUCAAGAGGAGCGCAAAACGCAAUGAUUGAAAGAUAUUUCAUUGCAAAAUUUGGACUGUGAUUUUACAAGUGAAAAAAGAAUUAUUUUUGUUUCAUUCUUAUUAAAAAAAAAUUGUGGAUUAUAAACAAGACCAAAUAAUCAAAAAACCACAAGUU